AACACAAAGAAGAAGGGAUAUGGCUGUGGCUCUUCUCUGUGGCUUAACAGAGUUGUCAGGUACAGAUAGCCUUGUGACAAACUUAGUUGAAAAAAUAGUUUCAGCUUGUUGCUGUUGAGUCAUACAUCGUUCAAUGUUUUCGUCCCAUUUCUUUUCAAAUAUAUUUCAAGACAAGAUUCAUAGAAUAAUAACUUCACUUAAAGCAAAUUUUUAUCAAUGAAUAUUCAAAUCCAUGAUAUAAUUAAUGUGGUUUGAUCGUUUUUCAAAAUUAUGUUAUUCAAAAUCACCUUAUUCAUUUCUCAAAUAAUCAAUGUAAAAGUUGAAUAUCAAUGUGGUCAUGGCAACCAUGACGAAACGACAAGUUGAAAAUUGAAAGUGGAGACCGGUAAAAUAGAAAAGUAAUGUUUAUCUUGGUUAUAGUGAUGAUUUUAAUGUUUAUUAUUUUAAUUUACUGUAGCAGCAGAAAUUAUCCAGUUUCAAAGUGCUCUUGAAAUGACAUUACUUUUUCCUACAUUCAAAAAAUUCUUUAGGUACAUUAUUUUUUUUUGAACAAACUCGCUAACCUACAUGCUAAACUCCUAUAAUGGCUGCAAAAGAUUUGCUGCAUUGCAGUGGAAUUCUGUCUUCUGAUCAAUCACUCAAAGAACAUAUCACACCUCAUAAAACAGCUGUUGCCAUUUUUAUCCAAGAAUAUUGUCUGUGGAAAAUCAAAGUCGAAUCGAAUCGUGACAAACCAGCCGAAUUCUCAGGACUCAAUGAAGAAAUCUGUGUAAUCCCGCCGAAACAUCGGCGCGACUUCUGUAUGCUCGUUUUGAAACUGGUCCAGUGCCCUGACUUGGACUAUUUUGAACUAAUGGAGAUUUUGAAUUCCGGGGAGUAUGCCCUUUUACCCGAACACGUUGAAAACUUCAAACAUGAAUUGAGAUCUGUGGCGAAUAGGGAUGUCGGCAGCAUCAUGGAAGCCAUAGUGGGCACGACCAGAUUGAUGGGCAUUGAGCCUUCCAACACUGGACCGAUGGUGCACAAAAGCAGUCCCGCAGCAUUCUUUCUGAGAAGAGUGGCGUUGUUCUACAAUAAGCUCUCGUUCUCGCAACUGGUGAACGCCUGCAAGGAAUGGCAGGCGUACCUACAAGACGGCGUGCUAAGUGAGAAGCCUGCGUGGGCGAUUCGCCGUCGAGCUGACUCCAGCUGCUACUCGAGCGACAGAGUUGAGCGCCAUCAACAGAUGGAUUUGUGCUCGAUAUCCAAGAAUGACUUUUCGUUGUCGCUCGAACUGCUUCCCCGCCAGACCAAACAGAUCAAGAUGGAGAGCGAGAGCAUGAGUAUGGAUAAGCCGAAGGCCACCAGUAGCAGCGGCACUUGGUCGAGGCGGCAGGCCGAGCUGUUCAUCGCCAGGCAGGCGGCUCUCAUUCACAACGACAUCAACACUGCACUGCCGCCGGCCAAGCUCCAUCAAAAGAUCAACGAAAUUCUCAACGCUAAUCCCAACCAUGUGGAAGCGCAUUAUUUGAGUUACCUGAACUAUUUAAGAUCGAAAGAGUUUUGUGGUGCGAUGCACAGUCUCCGCCACUACUUCGAUAGAAUGACCAUGUCAAUGACGCAGGAAGAAAAGAAUAAGAGCUUCCGUUACUCAGCAUUGAAUAUUGCUAUUCUUCAUGCUCAAUUUAACCAGAAAGAAGCUGCUCUAGAUGCUCUAAAAGAAGCAAUAUCAUUAUCUCAUGAAGAAAAAGACAAUAUUUGUUUACAACACGCCCAAGCUUGGCUGUACAACCUCACUGAAGAGAAUAAGAGUAUUCUUUUGGAACGUUCAAUCUGUAAGAGUGGUGAACUGAAUUUGAACUAUCUGGCGUCACUUGGCUUCCAGUUUUUGUCGCAGUUGAGUGCAUCUAGGGGAGGACGCCCGGCUCAGGUGUUCGAGGCAAUAAUGAGAAGUGAUCUUCUGAACUGUCAACUGUCGAUGCCAGACAUGUUCGGGAAGAGUUUGUCGCUGAAAGCAGCGCUGUGGGCCCUGUACGGCAAGUCGGAAAUGGCCUCCCUGGCCAGUCAGCUGUUGCUGCACCUCAGCCACUGCGACGCCGUCACCUCCUCCACGCUGCACAAUGCCGACGGCACUUGUCAGGCCAUCUGCAAUGUCGCCAACUUUCUCAUCGAAUUGGGAGAGUAUCAACUAGCCGUAAUUGUACUGGAUUACGCUCGAUCGCUAUAUCCCACUUCGAAAUGGUGGCAGGUUGUUGAACAGAUACUAUUCUUCACUCAAGCCUUAUACAAGGGACAGUGGCAAGCUGCACAUACCGCUGUACGACAGCUAUCAACGUUGGAUAAAUGGGAGAGCUGUGUCAGGUUGGCGGAACUACUGUUGGCCAAAGGAGAUAAUCAAGGUGUGAAGGAUGCCGUGGAGGAAUUGCUCAACGAAGAAGCAAGCGUGUGCCAUUCUCUGCGCGUGCGUGCAAUGUUGCUCAUCUCCAAAACCAGUCCGACUCCCGUCUUCAUAUUAACUACUGCACUUUCAAUAGCUAGCUUCCAUUUCUUGCACUAUUUGACAGCUCUUGUCAUCAUGGAAAUCGCUCAAGUCCAAUUGAACAUGGGACUUCCUGCUCAAGCUCUGAAACUUGUUGACCAUUCUUUGCUAAUUAUAUUAUCUCAGGGUGGCCUUUAUGAUCAAGCAUGUGCCUUAUUCCUGUAUGUAAAAUGUAAAGUUGCUUGGGCUGCCUCUUUAUCUUGGGAUUUGGAUCACAAAAAUAAGACUAAUGUAAUCACGGAGUGCCUUGGAGUUUUAGAAACAGCAAAAACAAACUUUCGAAAGGUUGAAGCUUUCAACAAGGUUAAAGAAAGUCUCCAUCUUCAGGCUCUUCUCAGUAAUGAAAUCGGUUGCUACAAGAAUAGAAACAGAUAUUCGCUAGAGUUCCGUCAAAUUGACGAAGAAUAUCCAACAAAGAGUGUACCAGUUCCUGCACAUUUUGCCAGUCCCUAGGUUGCAGUGAAUUGCAAUCUAUUUGAAUUUUUCUCAAGUUCAGUAUAUAGUAAGAUUGUUCUCAUUCUUAAAGAUUCUCCUAGAUAUAGAUUGUUCGCCAUAGUAUCUUCCAAUUUUGUUUGGUAAAUUGUAAAGUUUUGUUGAUACCGGUAUUGUAUCUUUUAGAACCUACUGUGUCCAACGCCAGUAUUUUGAGGUUGUAAAUAUAGCGAUUUUAAGAUGAAAAUUAAUUCCUUAACAUUUAUUGUGCAUUACAAAGAGUAUUAUAAUUGGGGAAACAUUAUGAUUAUUAAUGAUUCGGUUUGAAUCAAUAUAAUAUGCUUGAUAAUGGACUCUUGACGAAUAAAUCAAACUACGCUAUUUUCAAUUUCGAAUUCUCCAACAUCUCAGAAAUGAAACUCCUUUAUGAUGGAAGUGACUUUCACAACAAUAUAGCCUACACUAAUCAAGUAUUCAUAAAAUAAGAUUUCUUUUAUGUGGAUUUGUUAGCUUCACAUUACAUCGAAGGUUAGAAGUUUAAUAAAUAAUAAGAAUUAAAAAAUAAUUAUUGUU